AUGUAUUUGUAUAUUGUAAUAUUUUGUAAAUGUGAAGUUGUAAAAAGUGUUCCUUAUAUAGGGAAUUGUUGUAUAAUUAUUAAUGAAAUACAUAAAAUCAAGUGUAAUAAAAUGGAGGUAAAACAAGAGAUUAGUGAUGAAUCCUGUAAAGUAGAAACAGAGUAUAAUGACUUGGAUGAUGCCCUUUUGGUUUUGGAUAGCUUUAAAUGUGAACUUAAGGAGAAAUCCAGUGGGCAUAGUACACAUGGCACCUAUGAUUAUUUAUACUUAGAGGAACAUUCCAUAAAAACUGAAAUAGAAAAACUUGGGAAUAAAUUUAGCCCAUUUGAAAAAAACCAACAAAAUGAAACAGAUUUUCUCCAAGACACCAAAAUGGAAAUCAUGGAAGCACUACCUGAACAUUCAUCGCACGAAGCAAAUUAUACAAAUCCUCAUGCUGAAGGAAAAACAUCAACUAAAUACAUCAACGAAAGACCUUACAAAUGUGAAAUUUGUUUUAAGCAGUUUAGUGAAGCAAGUCGUUUAGAAAUACAUUUGAGGGUGCACACUGGAGAAAAACCUCACAAGUGUGAAAUUUGUUUUAAGCCAUUUAGUCGAGCAGGUCAUUUAAAAACACAUUUGAGAGUGCACACUAGAGAAAAACCUCACAAGUGUGAAAUUUGUUUUAAGCAGUUUAGUAAAGUAGGUAAUUUAAAAGUACAUUUGAGAGUGCACACUGGAGAAAAUCCUCACAAGUGUGAAAUUUGUUUUAAGCCAUUUAGUCGAGCAGGUCAUUUAAAAACACAUUUGAGAGUGCACACUAGAGAAAAACCUCACAAGUGUGAAAUUUGUUUUAAGCAGUUUAGUAAAGUAGGUAAUUUAAAAGUACAUUUGAGAGUGCACACUGGAGAAAAUCCUCACAAGUGUGAAAUUUGUUUUAAGCCAUUUAGUCGAGCAGGUCAUUUAAAAACACAUUUGAGAGUGCACACUAGAGAAACACCUCACAAGUGUGAACUUUGUCCUAAGCAAUUUAUUCGAGCAAGUGAUUUAAAAUCACAUUUGAGAGUGCACACUGGAGAAAAUCCCCACUCAUGUGAAAUUUGUUUUAAACAGUUUAUUCAAAAAAGUAAUUUAAAAAAACAUAUGAGAGUGCACACUGGGGAAAAACCCCACAAGUGUGAUAUUUGUCUUAGACAAUUUAUUCAAGCAAGUGAUUUGAAAUUACAUUUGAGAUUUCACACUGGAGAAAAACCUCACAAGUGUGAAAUUUGUUUUGAGCAGUUUACUUCGUCAAGUCAUUUGAAAUACCAUUUGAGAGGUCACACUGGAGAAAAACCUCACAAGUGUGAAAUUUGUUUUAAGCAAUUUAUUCAAUCCAGUCAUUUAAAAAGACAUUUGUUAGUGCACACUGGAGAAAAACCUCACAAGUGUGAAAUUUGUUUUAAGCAAUUUAUUCAAGCGAGUGAUUUGAAAAUACAUUUGAGAGUGCACACUGGGGAGAAACCACACAAGUGUGAACUUUGUUAUAAGCAAUUUAGUCUAGCAGGCAAUUUAAAACAACAUAUGAGAGUGCACACUGGGGAAAACCUCACAAGUGUGAAAUUUGUUCUAAACAGUUUAGUCAAGCAAGUUAUUUGAAAUACCAUUUAAGAGAUCACACUGGGGAAAAACAUCGCAAGUGUGAAAUUUGUCUUAAGCAAUUUCCUCGAGCAAGUCAUUUAAAAAGACAUUUCAGAGUGCACCCUGGAGAAAAACCUCACAAGUGUGAAAUUUGUUUUAAACAAUUUUCUGAAGCAAGUCAUUUAAAAAAACACAUUUGAGAGUGCACACUGGAGCAAAACCCCACUCAUGUGAAAUUUGUCUUAAGCAAUUUAUUCAAUCUAGUGAUUUAAAAUCACAUUUGAGAGUACACACUGGAGAAAAACCUCACAAGUGUAAAAUUUGUCUUAAGCAAUUUAUGCGAGCAAAUGAAUUGAAGUUACAUCUGAGAGUACACACUGGGGAAAAACCCUAUAAGUGUGACAUUUGUUUAAAGCAAUUUUUUCAAGCAAGUCAUUUAAAAUCACAUUUGAGAGUGCACACUGGAGAAAAACCUCACAAGUGUGAAUUUUGUUUUAAACAAUUUUCUGACACAAGCCAUUUAAAAAAGACAUUAUUUGAGAGUGCACACUGGACAAAAACCUCACAAGUGUCAAAUUUGUUUUAAGCUAUUUAUCCAAUUCAGUCAUUUAAAAUCACCUUUGAGAGAGCACACUGGAGAAAAACUCCACUCGUGUGAAAUUUGUCUUAAGCAAUUUAUUCAAUCAAGUAAUUAAAAAAAACAUGAGUGCACACUUGUGUAAAACCUCACAAAUGUGAAAUUUGUUUUAAGCAGUUUAGUAGAGCAGCAAGUAAUUUGAAAUACCAUUUGAGAGUGCACACUGGAGAUUGAUCUGAGUAACAGGGUUGGCAAAAACCAAGGUUUUUUCCAAGAAAACCAGGUUUAUUUGGUUUAAACCAGGUUUAUUUGAUACAAAGUAUAAUAAGUCUAAAUACUUUAAAAAUAAAUAAAUUAGUUUUUAAAAUAAUAGUAAUAAACAAUGAAAAGAAUGAUUAAGACAACUUUUACUUUUAUUUACACACACAAAAAAUUAACAUAAAAAACAUGUUCAAACGUGUAAUAAAUUAAAACUGUCAAAGUGUCACUCGGGAAAAAUUCAAUAAUUUUAGAGCUCUUGUGCAAUUACUACUGAUAAUUCGAUGAAAUAAAAUUAUUUUGACAUAAUAUUUAAAAAUCAGAUCAGUAGACAAUUACAAUGGUUUUGAAUCGUCGUCAUGGUAACCAAUAUCGCCGUCGUGGUAACCCAUUAUAUUGAAAGUUUGGUUUUGACAACCUUGUCUAAGAAUUAAUUUGUGUAUUUUCACUUCUAAAUAAAAAUUGAUAUAACUCUA